CAGGUAAUGGUUUUCCCAGCGUCUCUUGGGUCCUGCCUUACGAGGCAGAGUCUGGGGCAGUUAAGAAGUGCUGUGCAGACAGUACUGGAGCGGGUGCAUUCUGGGCCCUCAACUGGGGCCUGGCGGAGCCUUCUCUCGCUGGUGGGCACGGAAGAUGCUCUUUUGCAGCAGCUGGCCGAUUCGAUGCUCAAGGAGGACUGCACCUCGGAGCUGAGGGUCCACCUGGCAAGGUCCCUCCCUCUGCCCUCCAGUGUGGAUCGGCCCCGAAUUGACUUGAUCGUGUUUGUGGUCAACCUUCAUAGCAAAUACAGCCUCCGGAACGUGGAGGAAUCCCUGCACCAUGUGGACGCCACCUUCUUCCUGGGGAAGGCAGCCUUCCUUGCCACCGGCGCUGGGCGAGAGAGUCACUGCAGUGUCCACCGAAACACGAUCGUGAAGCUGGCCCACACCUACCGAAGUCCUCUGUUCUUCUGUGACCUGGAGAUAGAAGGCUUUCGGGCCACCAUGGCACAGCGCCUGGUACGCAUGCUGCAGAUCUGCGCUGGCCACGUGCCCGGUGUCUCAGCCCUGAACCUGCUGUCCCUGCUGAGGAGCUCUGAGACCCCGGCCCCAGAGGACCUGUAAGGGCUGCUGGCCCCCGAGCCGCCGCUCCCCCCGCCUGGUGACUGGUAGACUUCCGCUGUCGCUGAAGACGGGGUCGGGGCUUGGCGGGCCCUGGCUCAGCGGUCAGAUGCCCGCACGACCCGACUCGUCCCAACUCGUCCGCGCUCCAGCGGGGAGCCCAGCUGGCGGGCCUGCAGCUCCUUCCCUCCCGCAGAGCCCGUGUCUUCACCCACCUGCCCGGAUACAUCGCCACUUCAGGCUCCAUUUGAACAAAGCGUCCACGGCUCAAAACGAUUCAGAAAACCGCCGGCCUCCUCCAUCACCUUGAUUUUGCAGAUGAGGACACGGACUCGGAACAGUGAGGAGGGCCGGGCAGAGGGGGCAUUGCACUCUGUGACCCAAUCCGACCCACAUCCCGGCCUUGCCGUUCUUCAGGAACCUGGUGUUGCCGUUUGGAGCCUCAGUUUCCCCGGGUGCGGAGUGGAGGUCGUCCUGCUGACCUUGUUGCGUUGUGAGGACUGAGUGAAGUGACCGAGGGGACAAGGCUGUGGUUGUAUUUCUCCCUCCACUUGUUGUGUGCUCUAGGUAUUUCAUAAUCCGUUGUAUCAAGGUGCCAGCCAAGUGCUCAGGGAACAGUAACCAUUGUUUGAAAUCACACAGAACUGGGUUCAAAAGCUGGUGCAAAGCCAGGAAUUAAACCGUUUGUGAACUCCUAAGUUGCGGAGAAUUAUGGGCUGGCUCCCCGCUCGGCAGUGAGAGGCUGUGCCUUGACCGUGGCUCCUCUUCUCCUUUGGGUCUAGUUAGAAUUU